AUGGUGGUGCUUCUCAAGGUGCCACUAUUUUUGGUUCAUGAUUUCCCCACCCGCGCCCACUGCACCUAUACAUUUUACACGAUCCGCAGUACCCUUUAUAGUUUCAGACUUAUACGUAUUCCACAAAAAAAGCUCGUUCGUCCCUCGAAAAGAGCCCACAACACGGCGCUAUACAUGUCACCGUCGCAGGCUGCUCAGGAGAAUACUCCAGUAUCUCCUAAAUCGCCUUUAAUCCCGCUUCGGUUAUCAAGUGGAGAAGUCAAGAAUGAUCACGGAGAAGCUGAAACCAAGCGAAAUAAGCCAAAAGACGGCCACAAAGGAAAGAAGAGCUCCAAGCGACCGAUUCUGUCAGAUUCAGCAACAAAGAAGUUCGCUGUGAGUAAUGACUGGCUUAACUUUGAUGUCCCCAAGCCCAGUAGAAAGGCAAGAAGCGACGACAAAGCACCACAAGAAGUAGAAGUAAAACAAGCAUCCCAACUUGCUUCUAUUCUAUUGGACACGAAGAAAGUGGUACAGGCUAACGAUUUGGUACAACCUCCAAAUGAAGACCGCAAGAAUACUUCUAUAGCUGCUUCGAGCAGUACAUUGGCUAGAGCAGACAAGGUAAGAACCAUGUUGGGACUCAAGUAUUUGUAUAUCCACCGUGUGUACGAGUGGUCUCAGUCUCCUGAAUCAAUAUCACACCCGGGAGUGGAAGGGCUAUACAAUCCUCUUCAGAUCAUAAGGAACAGAAAGAUCAGGGCCAAGUACAAAGAGUACCCUCGCCAAUUAACCAUAAGGCUUCUUCCUUUACCAUGUAAUGCAUUUAGCUCCCACAACGACUCACGAAAGAACUGGAGAAUGCUUUGGGGCAUUGACCUCAACGAACUUCUUGAUGAUACUCCCUGGCGACAAGACCACUGGCAUGAAAUUAAGAACCCAAAGGGCCAAUUAUGGUUUCCCAAGAGACCCACAUCGAACGAGUCGUCCCUAGAAAUCCAUAUGCAUGGUCAUAAUAUUCGAAAGCGAAUGCACGAAAAGCUAUUUGCUGAUGACAUCUCAGACUCGUCGAAAGACCUCAAAAGUCUGUCUUUGAAUACCUCUAUCACUGACGAAGAUGACGGCAAGUUCCUCAUAAAGAUCUCGAGAGCUAGAUCUCCUAAUCGUCGCCGACAUCAUGUCAAAAAAAGAGUAAAACGUGGAGCAAGAAAAUUAUACUUGGGAUCAUCACCUUCAACUUCAGAGCUGGAAUCUGACGUGGAAGACUUGGAAGAGGAACCAACGGGGACUCAUGAAGAUUUGAGUAAGCAGUUUUUCAAACCUGUGUCCCCGCCGUCAAAUGAACAAGAUAAUGUGGAUCCCUUGGAUUCAAGCCCAAACUACAAAAUGAUUCCACCAGAGAUAUACAUCGAACUGGAAAAUGAAGUCAAAAAAGUACCAUUCAAAUCGAUGCUGAGGGUACAAGUUAAUACCGAUGAACUGCCCCAGGAUUCGGAUAACGACCAAGAAACUACUCAGCUUUCAGUCGAGCAAUUGCAAGCAUGCGACAAGGAUAUUUGCAUUACUCGCUCACAAUUUUCAUACCUCCAGGCUGUUAUUGAACUCAAACUAUACUACAUGACCAAUCUGUACCCUGAUCUAGUGAACAAACUCACAAGUAUAAUCCAAGAGAUUGUGGAAGUGGACCUCGUAAGGCUUAACGAGUCUACCUUCGAGAUACAUGAAAACAUAUUACCCGCGUAUGAGAUGUUGUACAACGGAUUUAACGACGAAAUCAAGUCUGUUAUUCACCAAAUCAAUGAAAAUUAUUCGGUUCGAAUUGACAAUCUUUUAAGUAGCAGUGAUCGUCUGAUUGGUGAGGUGAACACUUCAAUUUCUCACGAGCUUCGGAAAGUCAAUGAGAAGCUCGACCGGUUAAAUAACUCUUUUUUUGGAGGUAUGAUAGCCGGAGCUUUGAAGGAUAACGAGUAUAUGAACAUGAGUGAUAGUGGGAAUAAGCAGAUAUUGUACCUUAUUUUGGAGAACUGCAUUGUCAUUUCCUUGCGGAUAAUAUGGGUGAUUGCCAAUGUUUUCCGAUGCCUUCUAUAUAUUAUUAGGGUGAUAUGGAGAAUCAUUAGGAUAUUUAUAUAG